CAGCGUUUGAGAUUGCACUGAACUAUUAUUCCAUCUCAAAAUGACGUGAUACUUUGUGAGCACAACAAUGGAGGAAAACAAUAAAAAAGAAAAUGUUUCGUCAAAAAGUCAACCAAAUGACGAACACAGUGAAUACAGGAGCGGCCGAUUUUCAGUUGGCUUUCAUUUACUUCUACCAGUGGCCGGAUUGACCUUACUUCUCUUGGGGAAAACGCAUUUGUUGACCAAAUUAUUGUUACAUUUGGAUAGAAACUGCGUUUCAGUGUUUUGCCCGUCUCUCAGCAAAAGAGAAAAACUGCUCAAGUGGGCCUGCGGCAAACUACCAAUGACAUGGUCCUCAAAAACUGUUCCGACGUUAUCAGGUGGAAUAGCCGAUCUAUGGAAGGAUGGUUCUUUGCUUUGUACUCUGUUGAACACCGCCAUACCAGGAGCAUGUCCAAAUCCUCACAGACACUGGAAUCAACCGCCUGCGCACGCACAAGCGAUUGCGUACAAGUACCUAGGAGUGAUACCGAUUUUUACUGACGAAGAUCUGUCAGGAAGUAUGACUUCAAAUCUGGAAUGUAGUUUCAUUAACUACUUGAACAAUAUCCAGGAAGCUAUAGAUGAAAUAUCAGAAGGUAGAGAAACAGAUAGACCGGUUACUUCCCAAUACGUAGCUAGAGGUAUGGGGCUCUUCUCAGGAGAACAACAUAAAAAAGCAAUAUUUUACAUCUAUUUAGCUGAUGAAGAAAGCAACAGUAGAAGUGUGAUCGUACACAUAAAAGGCCCGUACAGUACUUACGGUCAAGCUACUGUAUCGCUCCAAGGAGAAUCACUCAAAGUACCUGAAAUAGAUGUGAUAUCGGAUCAAGUACAACCAGCACAAUUAUUGAAACCCGAACCAAAGAAAGACUUCCUCAAAAACUUCACCAAGUAUUUCAAAAAAUAUCACCAAAAACACCUUGGCGAGAUUAUCGCCAUCGAUGUGGUCAUAGAAGGAGAUAAGGCAAAGGUGACAUAUUUACCAAAAUACUUCGGAAUGUACGAGAUCAUCAUGAUCACAAACGGCGAGCUUCUCCAAGGAUGCCCUUUCAACAUUCAUAUUUUUAAGAACGAUUCAAUUGAAGAUGUUUCCAUAAGUAAAGAUGAAGAUGAGAAAAUUAAGCCUCACCAGAAAAAGAGAGUUAUUUCAAAAACAAUCGAUUUUAUCGAUGAAGAAAUUUCUCUGACAGAGUUUGAAAAGAAAUAUCAGACCCCAGAGCCUGUCGCUGAAGUCACCAAAAUACCCGAGUCACCAAAAUUCAAUUUUAUAGAAGUGGUCGAAGAGAUAACUAAAAAUAACGAGGAGUUCAAACACAUUCUCGAUUUGGACCAGGAUAUUUCUGCAACUGAAACUUCUCUCAUAGAAGAAUUGCAUGAACCAAGUGAUGGUUCUCCAUUCAAUCCCGAAGAUGAUACAUCAUCCAAACUCAUUGUAAAAGAAUCAGAUUGUAUCAGUUCGCUACAAGUUGGAACCACCAACUACUUCGAAGUAGGAGAAGUAGAUAACCAUAACAAUGUGAUAAACUACAAUGUUGAGAUUCAAAUGCCUGUGAUAAAAAACAGUAACUUCGGAAAUGAAGAUGAGUCUCACAGUGAACAAAAGUCAAAAUUCUAUUCACAUUUCAGGGGUGAAGAAGGUUCAAGCGAUGAAACUUUAAAAAAUAUUGCAAAAAAUGAAAAAGAUUUGUUUCACGUUGAACAGCAUUCAAAAAACCAUCUUUGUUAUCUCCAGAAAGACAACUUCUAUGAAACCGUACGAAAUUCACCUUCAGAUGUCCUUGAGAAUGGAAAUGGAAGCGAGGUAUGUGAUGGUCAACACCAUAUAAAUUAUCGAAAUUUACCUUUAGAUGCUAUAGAAGAAGACGAACACUGUACAUCGGGCUCAGACAAUGAAAACACUUUAAGUAAUUGUGAACAGCAGUCAACAAAAUAUACAGAUUUAUCGUUACAUGCAGACAUGAGUUGUAAUGUAAACUGUAAUAAUGAUAUCUCCAGCAAACAUGAAAUAGUUAUAGGCUAUAACUCGAAAGUAAACAAUCAGGCAGUUGUGUCAAUGUUUACCAAUGGAACUGUUAAUAACCCUGAAAAAAAAUUUGCGUUGGAUAAUGAAAAAUCAAGUCCGCGAGUCGGGUCAAAAUAUAUGAACAACACCGUGAACAGAAUAAAAAUACCAGAAAAGUUUGUAGAGAGUCCGAAAACAAUAGUGAAAAAUAACUUGGAGAAUAAAUAUUUUAGCCAAAAAAUAUCGAACACAGAGAGAGAAGAUGCGAUAACUUCAACCAAAGAUAAUGUUAAGUAUACGAUUUUAAGACAAUCGAAUAUAAAUAAUAAGGUGGAUGUCACACAGCAACAGGAAGCGGAGGCGAUUCCUAAUAGAUUUUUCCAACCCCAAAAGAUCCCCAAACAGAACCAAUCCCUACUCUAUGAAAAUACUUCCCCAAUAUGUCCUGACCAUAUUGUCCCAGAAGUAGAAUAUAUGGAGCUAUCAGUGGCGGACAGAAGAAAGAUAUUCGCCCAAUACUCCAAAGACAGUGUAAACAGCUCUAAGAACUCCUCGUUUUCGGAAACCGAAAAUACAGAUGGAUCUCGUUCCGAAAGCCAUUACGAAAACCUCAGCGUUCUGAACGUAAUAGAUGCUCUCAAACAAUCCGACAGUUCAUCCAUUAACGAAAGUUAUUCGUUGUCCAGCGCCAAAAGUUUACCAGAUAUGUCUCUAGAAUCGGACGAUUCCCUGUGUGAUUCGGUGAGGGAUAGGAGAAAUUUCUGGGAAAACAUUUCGAGGAGUUCCAGUUCUAUAUCUCUCAUCUCAAUGAAGAGAGUCAAAAAUAAGCUGGAGGAGGGAGAAAGGUGUAAGCUCAUCUGGAAAAAGCCCGCAGAAAGCAUCACAAAAGUCGAGGAAGUAACCAAUAACAAUAUCCCUGAAAUAUACAAAUCAGCAGAUGAUAUCUUAUCUAUGACAGAAAGUUUAGCAUACCAAAACUCUAAAAAUUAUAAAUCCCUCGAUAAUUCUUUGAACGACGAAGAAAUGCUCAGCAUAGACGAAAGAAAAAAAAUGUUGCUCAAGCAAAACUACGAAUUGGAACGACUGGAGAGAGAAAAACUGAGAUCUCUGAAGAAAAAAAGCGUGAUGGUGUACGAUUCAAAAAAUAUAAAUAAGGUUGCGGAAGCUGUCAAGGUUGAAACGUGUUUUUCUCCUAUAUGGGAAAAAAUAAAGAAAUAUAAUAGCGCUCUUACAUUAAUGACGGUAGAAGAAAACAACAACUCAGUCGUCGUCCCGAAAACUGACAGUUCCAAACCGAAUAAUCUAGAGAACAUUCACCAAAAAGAUCUGACUGAACUUCCUGAAAUACCAAAAAGGAGAAUCAAAUCUCAGUUCAAAAGAGCAAUACGGUACUUCCAGAAAUUGGAGGAAAAAUCUCUAGGCAAAACCAAACCAAAAAAUCCGAGGAAAGCCAAACAUUUCACCUUGGAUAUCACAAAAAAGCAUAAAAAUAAAAUUAGAGGAGGCAGCUUGAAACUAUCCAAUAUUUCGGAUAGAUUUUCAGUCUAUAAUUUAUACGAGGAUGUUGUAGGAAAUAAAAAGGGUAGCUUCAAGGGUACCCCUAACAGGUCUGCUCUUGUGGAGGCUUUGGCGACAUUUUCCAGAAAGGAGAAUUCGUUACAAGAUUGUAAUGAAAGUGAGGAUGAUAUAAAUUACGAAAUCUUCAAAAAUUCAAUGAAGCAAAAAAAGAGAAGGAGUUUAAAAUCUAUUUUUGAUGUGAAUUAUUGAAAUUUAACUUAUUUAUUGUAGUUUUACAUGUUUGUUAUGUUAUUGCAUUCAUUACUGUUAUAUAGUAUAUACUGUUAUAUAUGUUCUUUCACUAUGUGGUUAUUAAAACAAUUUAGAAAUUUUAAAAA